CUUUGGGCUCCAAACUCAAGGUUCAUCUUGUGACGUGCAUAACACCAAAUGCUUGUUUAGGAGGCCAGCGUCCCUGGUGCUGCGAUGUAGGGACUGGGAAAUAACCUACUCACUGCUGGACUCACCUCUGGCCUGCUUCUGGCCACCAAGAGGAAGAAAAGGCCAGAAGAGGAGGAGGCAUGAGAAGGACAGAAGAUUCGAAGUGGAUAAAAUCCUUUCCCUUCAUGGAGGCUGAGGGUGCCCCCUUCAGGAUCAGCUCUGGCCUCAUCCCAUUCUUGCUCAAGGAUGGCUGAAGGCCUGGUGGGGAGGCGCACACCUGUAAUCCCAGAGCUUAGAAUGUGGAGGCAGGAGGAUUGGGCAUUUAAGGCUAUCCUCUGCUACACAGCAGGUUCAAGGCCAGCCUGGGCUAGACGAGACUAUUCUCCCAGGAGCGGGGGCUACCCCUACCUCCAGCCUCUUCCAGAUUUCCAAAACAGCCAGUGUAUGCCUCUGGGUGAGAAGGAGCUUUUGUAUCAUAAAGAAGCGUUCACUGUUAAAGAGUGUGCAUCAUUAAUUAUUGAAGAGACUUUGCUGAUCCUGUCAGGUAAGUUUAAAUGGUUAGUCUGAGGACUGAAGAUGAAAGCACUUCCCUCCACUUUGCACAGGCCGCUUGGGUGUUAGGAAGGAAGGAUAGGAGAAAAUGGCGUGGCUUUCCGUUUGUUUUUGUGACAUGUGAUGCUUCACCCUGAGCCACCUUCUGUUUGUGACAGCGAUGGUGCUUUCCGGUCUCUUCCAGUUUUGGAAAGUGAGUCGCUGAUCCCGUGAGAAAAGGAGGCUGAAGACACGAAGAUGAAUUUCUAGGGUGGCUAACAGAACGAGGAGGGUGGGGGUGGGGUGAGGACAACCAAAGUGGCUUCCUAGAGGAGGCAGCCUGAAGCAAGGCCCAAAAAAGGUUGGCUCGGGAAAGGGCAGCAGACCGGAGGGCAGGAGCUCGGUGGGCCUAGCCCUGAGUGGGCCUGCUUCUCCCAUCUCGUUUUCCUGAAACAGGGCUGGGGUCCCCGCCCCAGCUGUGACCCUGAGCUCUGGGGAGGCCCAACCUACUCCAGCUUUGGACUCUGCCCAGGAAUUUCCACAGAAGUGAGCGGGCCAAAGCCCAAGCAGGUUGGACCCAGCCCUCCACACAGCAACCUGUGCUUCGGUCAGUCUUUCCCGCCGCCGCCUGCUCACUGCAAAUACCUGAAAGGCCUGGCCCAUGGCGGAGGACACACCGAGGCAAAGAGAGUCCAUCUCUCUCACACCUGUGGCCCACGGCCUGGAGAACCUGGGGGCCGAGUUCCUGGAAAGCAUGGAGGAAGGCCGGCUCUCACACAGUAACUCAGGCCUGCCGGAAGGCGGAGGCAGUUGGAACAAGGCAGAAUGGAAGUCCUUCUCCGGAAGGAGUCUGCAGCUGACUAUGCGAGCGAGAAGCUUCUUCAGGGAGCACAGGCAGCUGUUUGGAUGGAUCUGCAUAGGUCUGCUCUGUGCCGCAUAUACUGCCUUCUUGAUCAUCGCCUGCCUCCUGGAUGUCCAGAGGGCCCUGGCGCUGCUGGUCAUCACCUGUGUGGUUCUUGUCUUUCUGGCCUACGGUCUGCUAAAGAGACUUCUAGGGCCCAAACUGAGGCAGUGCAUCAAGUUUCAAGGCCAUUCUUGGCUGAGUAUCUGGCUGAAAAGAGGUCUAGCUCUUGCUGCUGGCCUGGGCCUGAUCUUGUGGCUAGCUCUGGAUACCUCCCAGCGGCCAGAACAGCUGGUGUCCUUUGGAGGGAUCUGUGUGUUCCUUGCCCUUCUCUUCGCUGCCUCAAAGCAUCACCGUGCUGUGUCAUGGCGGGCUGUGACCUGGGGCCUUGGGCUGCAGUUCGUGCUUGGACUCUUUGUCAUCAGAACAGAACCGGGAUUUGUUGCAUUCCGGUGGCUAGGUGAUCAGAUCCAGGUCUUCCUGAGCUACACCGAGGCCGGCUCCAGCUUCGUCUUCGGGGAGGCUCUGGUCAAGAACGUCUUUGCCUUUCAGGUGUUACCCAUCAUUGUUUUCUUCAGCUGUGUCAUGUCCAUUCUCUACUAUCUGGGCCUCAUGCAGUGGGUGAUCCUGAAGAUCACCUGGCUGAUGCAGGUCACCAUGGGCACCUCAGCCACUGAGACCCUGAGUGUAGCAGGAAACAUCUUUGUGAGCCAGACCGAAGCUCCUCUGCUGAUCCGGCCCUACCUGGCAGACAUGACCCUCUCUGAAGUUCACGUUGUCAUGACUGGAGGCUAUGCCACUAUUGCCGGCAGCCUCCUGGGCGCCUACAUCUCUUUUGGGAUUGAUGCUGCCUCCCUAAUUGCUGCCUCUGUCAUGGCGGCCCCUUGCGCUUUGGCCCUCUCCAAGCUGGUCUACCCGGAGGUGGAGGAGUCCAAGUUUCAGAGUAAGGAAGGAGUGAAGCUGACGUACGGAGACGCUCGGAACCUCGUGGAAGCAGCCAGCUCUGGGGCUGCCAUCUCAGUGAAGGUCGUUGCCAACAUUGCUGCCAAUCUGAUUGCCUUCCUGGCUGUCCUGGCCUUCAUCAACGCUGCCCUCUCCUGGCUGGGGGACAUGGUGGAUGUCCAGGGACUCAGCUUCCAGCUCAUCUGCUCCUACGUCCUGCGGCCUGUGGCCUUUUUGGUGGGGGUGGCCUGGGACGACUGUCCAGUGGUGGCUGAGCUGCUGGGCAUCAAGCUGUUUCUGAAUGAGUUUGUGGCCUAUCAAGAGCUUUCCCAAUACAAGCAGCGACGCCUGGCAGGGGCCGAGGAGUGGCUUGGCGACAAGAAACAGUGGAUCUCUGUCAGAGCAGAAAUCCUGACGACAUAUGCCCUCUGUGGAUUCGCCAACUUCAGCUCUAUCGGCAUCAUGCUGGGAGGCCUGACCUCCCUUGUCCCCCAGCGGAGGAGCGACUUCUCCCAGAUCGUGCUGCGGGCGCUGAUCACAGGGGCCUGCGUGUCCCUGGUGAACGCCUGUGUGGCCGGGGUCCUCUACGUGCCCAGGGGGGUCGAGGUGAAUUGUGCACUUCUUCUGAACCAGACCCUCAGCAGCAGCAGCUUUGAGGUGUACCAGUGCUGUCGCCAGAUCUUCCAGAGCACCGGCUUGGAGUUCGGCCAAGAGGCACUGGACAACUGCUGUCGGUUUUACAAUCACACGAGCUGCACCUAGCUGGGACUGAACAUCUCCCCACCCCCAGGGCUCAUCCAUCCCAGAAAGUGUCCUCAAGGAAACCACGGGACUCAUCACAACCUCCAUCCUACAGUCCGGAAAGGGUGCUGCAAUGAAUGGAGACAGCAGGAAAUGGAAGACGCCUCCCACCCCUGGUCACGUCGCUGCUCCCCCAUGCUCGACCUUCCGUGUGAACUCUGUGUCUGUUCUGCUCCCUGGCCCUCUGCGGGCCAACAUCCUGGUCCUCUCUGUCCUCUUUCCUUGGGAUCCUCAUGUGCACCUCUCCAGAGCCUCCUCUCUGCUCCCUCCCAAGUAUCCAACUUGCUAGGUCGGUCUCUAGAGACACCUUCCUUCACUCGGUCCCCAGAGUGCCUUCCAGACUGGUGCCUGCAGGGCAUCAUUUAGGCGUGAUGUCAGGGCAGCCCGAGGUCCACUUUGUUUGGAACUCUGAGCUGGAUAAAGUUAGGUAGGGUUUGUGGUUUUGUUGUAUUUUUGUUUGUUGGUUUGUUGUUUUGUAGACGGGGUCUCAGGUAGCUCACUCUGGCCUUGAGCUCAUUCUGUAGCUGAGGUGACUCCUGCUCCUUCAGCUGCCAUCCUCAAGAGGUGGAAGUGAGAACUUACUUGCACUGCCAGGAGAUCUCAGUGGGUAAUGGCAUCUGCUGCUAAGCUCGAGGAGCUGACUCUGGUCCCUCGGGCCCCUACAGUGAAAGGGGAGGUGACUUCUGACCUCUACACGUGUGCCACGGCACAUGCCCUGUCCCCUCCCAACUGAAAAUAAUAAAAGGUGACUUUAAAA